CUGCAAUCUCCUCUUGAUUCCGUGCUCCGAUCUUAUCUCCAUUCGCACCAUGCCCGGCGGCAAACAGUACCUCAACGUUGCAGCGGAGGGCCUCCCGUACUUCACGCCUGCUCAAAACCCUCCUGCCGGUACUGCGAUCGACCCUCAGCCGUCUGGAAAGCCGAUCCCGAAACUCUUUCAACCUCUGAAGAUUAGAGGCGUCGAGUUCCAGAACCGAAUUUUCCUUUCCCCUUUGUGCCAAUACUCCGCUCAAGAUGGGCAUUUGACCACAUGGCACACAGCUCACCUCGGUGGUAUCUUCACUCGCGGACCCGGCCUUACCAUCAUCGAGGCCACCGGUGUCGUUCCUGAGGGACGCAUCACCCCCGAAGACUCCGGUCUGUGGAAGGACUCACAAAUAGAGCCGUUGAAGCAGCUCGUCGACUUCGCGCACUCGCAGAGCCAGAAGAUUGGUAUUCAGCUCGCUCAUGCUGGUAGGAAGGCCAGCUGCGUUGCGCCAUGGAUCCACUUUGGCAUGGUCGCGAACGAGGAGUGCAAUGGAUGGCCGGACAAUGUCUGGGCCCCGUCCCCCAUUCCCUUCGAUCCGAACUACCCUCAGCCGAAGGAGUUGACCAAGGAGGGUAUCAAGCGCGUUAUCCAGGCAUUUGCUGAUGCCGCCAAGCGCGCCAUUAAGGCCGGCAUCGAUGUGAUCGAAAUCCACAACGCUCACGGUUACCUCUUGAGCGAGUUCCUUUCGCCGCAGACCAACAAGCGCACCGACGAAUACGGCGGCUCUUUUGAGAACCGCAUCCGUCUGACGCUCGAGGUCGUCGACGCCGUUCGUGCCGCGAUUCCCGACACCACGCCGCUCUUCCUCCGCAUCUCCGCUACCGAGUGGCUCGAGGAGCUAGCGCCCAACGAGCCUCAGUGGCGCUCGGAGGACACCGUCCGCCUCGCCAAGAUCCUCGUGGAACAUGGCGUGGACUUCCUCGACGUGUCGUCUGGCGGCAUUACCGCUCGCCAGAAGAUCAAGGCAACGCCCGGCGCCUACCAGGCGUUCCUUGCCGCAGACGUCAAGCGCGAGCUCGGCGACAAGCUUUUCGUCGGUGCCGUUGGUGGCAUCGACAACGGUCACAUCGCGCAAAGCGUGCUCGAUCACGGCGACGCCGAUGCGAUCCUGGUUGGCAGGCACUUCCAGAAGAACCCCGGCGCCGUGUGGCAGUUCGCGGAGGACCUUGGCGUCGACGUCCAGUCCGCGCACCAGAUUGAGUGGGGAUUCCGCGGUCGGGGUGGAAAGGGUGCCAAGGAGGCUACUCACGACGCAGGCACCAAGGCGAAAGUCUAAAUUAUAGCUCGCAUAUAGAUGCCUCGCUCUAUCAGGAUGUAGCGAAUCGAUCUGUAUAAAAUAAUCAUAGAGCCGCAAACGUGCAGACCGAGAUGUGGAAUCUGGACUUUCACUGAAGAUCGCUUUUGUCCGCUGCUCUUCACGCCUUCAAAAACGGUACACGGACCGCCCAGCGUGGGAGACUACGACCCUGGACCGGUUUGGCUGCGAAGUCGACGAUGUCUUUGAACUCGAGCUCGGUCUGGUAUCCGUUCACGAUGAUCGGCCAUCGCAACCUCCCACAAUUGCGAUACAGCAGAUGGAACUACAUAAGUGAAGCUCAGCGCUUUCGGUAAACAUGCUCAUUGCAUGUCGUGAACGAGUGCGCAUCCGACUGCAACCGAUUGGCCGG